UGGGGAUCACUUUCCUUGAAAGCCUAAAACUAAGAGAGCAAAAAGGUUUCUUGAGAAGAGAGAACCCAAACUCACAGAAAAUACAAAAAAUGCUAUGCUUAUAAAAGGAGGAAAUGCAAAUUCAACAGUGACUGAUGUGCUUAAAGACAUUUAUGCUGUGAAGAAACCUUUUGCCAUGCUGUUUAAGAAGAAAAAUAUUACCAGACCUUUUGAGGAUCAAACAUCUUUGGAAUUUUUUUCAAAGAAAUCAGAUUGUUCCUUGUUUCUGUUUGGAUCUCAUAACAAGAAGCGACCUAAUAACUUGAUAAUAGGUCGCAUGUUUGAUUACCAUGUCUUGGAUAUGAUUGAACUGGGCAUUGAGAAGUUUGUAUCCCUAAAGGACAUCAAGAACAGUAAAUGUCCUGAAGGAACAAAACCUAUGUUGAUAUUUGCUGGUGACCUAUUUGAUGUAAAUGAAGAAUACAGAAGAUUGAGAAGCCUUCUUAUUGAUUUCUUCAGAGGUCCUACAGUGUCCAAUAUUCGUCUGGCUGGUUUAGAACAUGUUCUGCAUUUCACAGCUGUAGAUGGGAAAAUUUACAUGCGGAGCUAUAAAGUGCUUCUGAAGAAAUCUGGCUGUAAAAUACCAAGGAUUGAACUGGAAGAGAUGGGACCUUCAUUAGAUUUGGUAAUGAGGAGAACACACUUAGCUUCAGAUGACCUUUAUAAGCUGUCUUUAAAACAACCCAAAGCCCUGAAGCCUAAGAAGAAGAAGAAUAUCUCCCGGGAUGCCUUUGGUACAACUUAUGGUCGAAUCCACAUGCAGAAGCAAGAUCUUAGUAAACUACAAACAAGGAAAAUGAAAGGGUUAAAAAAAAGGGCAGCAGAGAAGUCAGUUGAAGAAGAUAGUGCAAUUAGUCCCAAGAAAACAAAAUCAGCCUGAUUCUCUGGAACACCUUUGAAAGCUCUUCCUACUGUCAAGUUUAGUAUAUUUGCUGUAAUAUACAUGCAUCAGACAUGGAGAUUCAGCUGCAAUUAGUUUUAGUUUUAUAAAAAUAUAUUUUAAAUAACUGUGCAUUGAAAGUGAAUAUAGGGAUAUUAAGC